AUGCUGCGCUACCUGAUCAAGACCCUGCUCCAGAUGAACCUGUUCACGGACACCAUACGCGACCCCAACAACAGCACCGACGGCAUGCUCUACAACCUCUCUUCCAUCAACUUCAACUCAUCACUACUCGACUGGAGCAACUUCAACAACCAGAACGGUUCUCGUCCCAGGUUGGAGGACGCCCCUCCGCGUAUCCUGGAGCACCCAUCUGACCUGAUCGUGUCCAAGGGGGAGCCGGCCACGCUCAACUGCAAGGCGGAGGGCCGGCCCACGCCCACGGUGGAGUGGUACAAGGACGGCGAGCGCGUGGAGACGGAUCGCGACGACCCGCGCUCCCACCGCAUGCUGCUGCCCAGCGGCUCGCUCUUCUUCCUGCGCAUCGUCCACGGCCGCCGCAGCAAGCCCGACGAGGGCGUCUACGUCUGCGUGGCACGCAACUACCUGGGCGAGGCCGUCAGUCGCAACGCGUCGCUGGAGGUGGCAAUCCUGCGUGAUGAUUUCCGCCAGAGCCCCAGUGACGUGGUGGUGGCGGCGGGGGAGCCGGCGGUCAUGGAGUGCAUCCCUCCCAGAGGCCACCCGGAGCCCACCAUCUCCUGGAAGAAGAACAACGUGCGCGUCAACGACCGCGACGAGAGGAUCACGGUGCGUGGUGGUAAGCUGAUGAUCUCCAACACCAGGAAGAGUGAUGCGGGCAUGUACGUCUGCGUAGGAACCAACAUGGUGGGCGAGAGGGACAGCGACCCGGCAGAACUGGUGGUGUUCGAGCGGCCCAUGUUUGUGAGGCGGCCGGUCAACCAGGCGGUGCUGGCGGACGACACAGUGGAUUUCCUGUGUGAGGUGCAGGGAGACCCCACGCCAACCAUCCGCUGGAGGAAAGACGAGGGAGAACUGCCCCGCGGGAGAUCUGAGAUCAGGAGUGACAGCAGUCUGCGUCUGACGCAGGUGAGGGCGGAGGAUGAGGGAACGUACACCUGCGUGUCUGAGAACAGCGUUGGCAAGACUGAAGCAUCAGGAACACUACAGGUCCACGUGCCUCCCCAGAUCGUGGUGCGUCCUCGUGACCAGAUCUCUGCCCAGGGCCGCACCGUCACCUUCCUGUGUGGCACUAAAGGGAACCCACCCCCCGCCGUCUUCUGGCAGAAGGAAGGCAGCCAGAUCCUGUUGUUCCCCAGUCAGCCUCCGUCUGAGUCGGGCCGCUUCUCCGUCUCCCUGAGUGGUGAGUUGACCAUCGCUGACGUGAGGCCCGAGGACGCCGGAUACUACAUCUGCCAAGCCAUCAGCGUAGCGGGCAGCAUCCUCACCAAGGCACUGCUGGAGGUGGAGAACGUGCCGUCAGACCGAGUUCCGCCCAUCAUCCGGCAGGGCCCAGCCAAUCAGACGCUUGCUCCGGCCACCACGGCUAUGCUGCAGUGCCAUGUGAUGGGCAACCCCUUACCCAGUAUCCAAUGGGAGAAGGACGGCCAGCGGAUACUUGCCAGCGACGACCGCAUCAGCCUGAUGGAGAACGGCACCCUCCUCAUCACCAACCUGCAGGAAACGGACUCAGGGACCUACACCUGCGUUGCUUCCAGCUCCAGUGGGGAGACCAGUUGGAGCGGGGUCGUCACCGUGAAAGACUCGCUGGACUCCUCGUCGGUGGCCCAGGUGGUCUCGGAGCCCAUCCAGUUGCCGGGUCCCCCCCAGAAGCCCGUGGUGACCGACGUCACCCUCAACAGCGUCACCCUCACCUGGCAGCCCAACGCUCACGAGGGCGGGGCCGCUGUCACCUCCUACGUCAUCGAGGCCUUCAGCCAAUCGGUGGGCAGUACGUGGCAGACGGUGGCGGACCUGGUACGGCAUGAGAAGCACACGGUGACUGGGCUGCUGCCCAACACGGUCUACCUCUUCAUCGUACGAGCCCUCAACGCAUACGGCCUCAGCGACCCCAGCCCCAUAUCGGAACCCGUACGCACACAAGACUUGAGUCCUACAGGUCAGGGUGUGGAUCAUCGGCAGGUGCAGCGUGAGCUGGGGGAGGUGGCCGUCACGCUGCAGGAGCCCAAAGUGCUGACGGCCUCCAGUAUACAGCUCUGGUGGACGGUGGAUCGCCAGUCCCAGUAUAUCCAGGGCUACCGGCUGCUCUACCGGCCCUCUGGAGGGGUGUGGCAGAUGCAGGACGUGAAGGCGGGGCCAGACCGCAGUGCCGUCCUAUCAGAGCUGCAGAAGGGCUCGGAGUACGAGGUUAAGGUCCGCCCCUACUUCAACGAGUUCCAGGGUAUGGACAGCCGCGUGGUGACCGUCCGGACGAUGGAAGAAGUGCCCAGUGCCCCUCCUGAGGCGGUUACCGUGUCGACCGCUAAUCACGGCAACACCUCCAGCAUCACCGUCUCCUGGCAACCUCCUCCUAUAGAGGCACACAAUGGACUCAUACUGGAGUACAAGAUCUGGUGCCUGGGCAACGAGACGGGUACGCGCUACCACAUCAACCAGACGGUGGAGGGCGGCGUGCUGUCUGCGGUGGUCAAGGGGCUGCUGCCUGGCGUCUGGUACACCGUGGAGGUGGCAGCAGUCACCAGCGCCGGCACUGGCACACACAGCGAACCAGUGCCCAUCUUCAUCAAGCCCCUAUCAGAGACUCCCGUAGCCCCGAGCGGUGGUCGUGAGGAGAACGUGAGCCUAGCGGAGCAGAUAACGGACGUGGUGAAGCAGCCGGCGUUCAUCGCGGGCAUCGGGGGCGCCUGCUGGCUGAUCCUCAUGGGCUUCAGCGUCUGGAUCUACUGCCGACGCAAGAAGAGGAAGGAGCUCAGCCACUACGCAGCCUCCUUUGCAUACACACCCGCAGUUGGCUUCCCCCAUGGAGAGGGCUCUGGUGCCAGUGGGAGGCCUGGUGUGCUAGGCAGCAGUAUGGGGAACUACCCCUGGUUGGCUGACUCCUGGCCCGCCACUAACCUCAUGCACAGCGGAGGGAAAGACUCGUCUGUCAACUGCUGCACCUCCAAGCACGACACCGCAGAGAGAUACUACAACGAAGUGGGGAUCUCCAACUACCUGAACCAGACAGAGAAGUACAGCACAGGCUCCAACGAGGGUCCCAUCUACAGCACCAUCGACCCCACGGCUGAGGACCUGCACAGCUUCUCCGCCCCCUACUCCCAGCAUGCAACACCCUACGCCAGCACUCCCAUCAUGCCGUUCACCAGCGUCGCCGCUGCUGCUGCUGCUAACGCUGUUAGCCCUGAGCAGGACCAGGCACAUUGGGGAGCACCACAACCCAGCACCUCAGGAGUGCAGUACGCACAGCCAGACCGAUGCAAGACCGAUAACGCUAAGCAUGUUAAGCAGAAGUCUAUGGGCAAGGCAGUGAAGACCCCCUCUCUCAGCUGGAUGGAGGCCCUGCCACCACCCCCCUCCGCUGGGGAGCUGGAGGAGUACGCAGACCUGCACCAUAUGGGCUCUGAUGAGGAGGAGUUGGAGGAGGAGGAGUGGUGUCCCCCUCUGCCAGAGAGGAGCUACCUGAUGGGGGAGGGGGGAGAGGAGGACGGUAGCGGUGGCCCUCCCUGCCCAGGUGCCUACCCCUGCCCCCCGCCCCGCGGAGAAGCCUCCUCACCCACCACCUCCUACAGCCACCAGUCAACGGCCACUCUGACCCCCUCCCCCCGUGACGAGGGCCGACUCGGCCACGACAUCCCCCGCCUACACCACCUGGAUGCCCCUCCACACACACGCCGGUUGCCAUGCGGACCUGUGCCCAUCCCCCGCGCCCCAAGCCCACCCCUCACCCAGUCCAACCCCAACCUCUCCGCCAAUCAGGAAGGGCCUGAGGCUGGGACUCCACAGCGCUCGGCCAAUCACCGCAGGGAUCUCAGUCAGGGGGCGGCGAUGAGCGCCGAGAACGUCUGUGCCACCACGCCAGGCCGGACACGAGCAUCUCCCAUGGACGGAGCCCAGUCGCCAGCAGGCCCCAAGAGUCGCGUCAAGAAGAAAACCUCCAAGACUGGCCAGUACAGGAGAGAUAUACAAGGAGAUCUGCCGCCUCCCCCCGAGCCUCCUCCCGUGGAGGACCUGAUGGACAGCCCAUCUGGAACGCUGGAGUACGGACAGACACACACGCCCACACACACCUCCCUGGACAGAGACGGCGGCUACACACACACUUCGCUGGACCGGGACCAGUGUGGCUCCCACUGCAGCUCUAUGGAGAGGAGGGAGCACAGCACCACGCCACAUAGGAAGAGCUCAGGGCAACGCCGCAGAGAAGAUGACGACAUGAGUGGUUACCCGAAGACGGCUCUGCACCUGACGCGAGGCCAGAUGUCGGGUAGCUCCACGACCGGCAGCUCGUCAUCACGAGGCUCAUCAGGAUCUAGGGGACACGGAAACGCCAAGCACCGCAGCGAGGAGAUGAGAUAAAUGAAGGAGAAUAAACGGAGAGAGCGUCCGAGGAGACGAGAGGAGACGAGACGAUACGAGAUGAGACGAGACGAGACAAGUGUACGAGAAGAGGAGAGACUCCAGUGACGAUGGAGAGCAAGAUUGUACAGAUUCGCUGUCGGCCGCACCUACUACAAGAUGAAUCAUGGACUUGACUCAAUGAUUAUUUUGUUGAUGUUAUUAUUGUUUUUUUUGUUAUUGUUAUUUAUGACGUCCAGGAGCAUUUUGGCUUCCCCAUUUUCAUAUGUAAAUAGUCAUAUCUCUCUGUAAGGUUUUUACACGGACAGGGACCCGCAGCUGCAGAUCAUGAAGAUAAAAUAUAUUGUAUUUAUAAUAAAAAAAAUAAUAAUGUCCAGUUAAUAACGACAAAAAAGGUCAGUGUCUGAAUGUGCCAACCCUUGUUUGUUUUUCUUUGUUCCUGUCGGUUUUUGUUUUGUUUUUGUUUUUUUAUUCUUUCGGUGGACAGCUUGUACCUUUGGCAUCGACAUAAACAGCAAUGCACUCUUGUUGCAGGCGAGCAACAAAAGAAUAAGAAUAAAGCACAAUGUGUACUGUAUGUGAGUGUGUGUCAAACAGCCCAGGCCCCGUGGAAGGACAGAUAGACAGACAGGCAGGCAGACAGGCAGGCAGACAGGCAGGCAGACAGACAGGUAGACAGACAGACAGACAGGCAGACAGGAACUCUUCAGACCUCAUCAUCAGGCUGCUUCUGCCCACAUCUGUCCACCCCUUAGCUUCCUGUGUCAAGGGUCUGAACAAAGAGAGUAGAGUAGAGUAAGAUGAUUCAAGCCUGUGCAUUUCCUGGAUCCAUAUGAUGUCAUGUGAACGGCCCUUUAGGAGACCUGCUGUUAGGAGGCUUUAGGUGGAGAAUAAAUGGAGUUCCGUUGGCGUUGUAGAUGGUGUUAGCACACAUUGUAUGCAAGCCAUCACCAAACGCCACAGAAAGAGAAGAAGAAGGAGGGGACAACUUGACCACACUCAUUGCAUUGGGUGGGCGGGAUUUGAAUAAUCUUACUCUACUAAGAAAAUCUUUGAUCUGAAGCUUCCUGUGAACCACCCCUCAACUUCCUGAAGAGAGAGAGAGGGCCUCCAUCUUGUCUUUGCUCUCCGAGACAGUUUGCUAUUUUCGACUGCUGUUGUAAAUGAUUGUAUCCAACCCAACCGCCCUUUUUUAUUUAAUGUUUCGGAGACAGUGUGCAAACAGAAAAGAAAAGCAAUGUUAUUAUUCGGGUCAAAGCAUAAAAAAGGAGAAAAAAAACAUGAUCUGUUCUGUUGACUAACU